CUUGAUCGAUCCAGGAGCCAAAUGCGUGUAGUCCAUCGAUUUUGUCAAUUUCUUAGAGACACAUCAAUAACAGCCGUGGCUUCAAGAUGGGGUCAGGGAAUCGUUCGUGAUCGACGACUUUCUACAGGCGCCACGCCGGCCGAGGCCAAUGACCAUUUCUUUCGGUACACGUCUGGCCGGUGGUUGUAUGAUGAGCAACUGCAACUCGAGAACCGAUAUGUCGAAUUCAACAUCCAAGCUCUCAGGCACACCGCUGCGCACGUACUCGGCAGUCGGUGUAUCGAAAUGAGCAAAGUACCAGAGGGCUUUUACAACAAAGUUCUAUCACUGAAAAUGGAGGAUGGCAGGGAGGUACUAGCGAGGAUUCCAAACCCAAAUGCUGGCAAUCCCAAGCAUAUAGUAGCCAGUGAAGUUGCAACGCUUGAUUUUGCGCGCAACGUUCUUCAUAUCCCUGCUCCUAAAGUUUUGGCGUGGAGUUCACCAUCGUUGCCACAGAACCCGAUUGGCCCCGAAUAUAUGCUUAUGGAAAAGGUCCAGGGAUGCCAAUUAAGCGAGGUUUGGGAUAAUAUGUCGGAAGCGCAACGCUUCGGUCUCAUAAAAAGCUUGGUUAACAUUGAGCGGAAACUGGCAAGCACAGAGUUUGCGGCCUAUGGCAGCCUUUACUAUAAGGAUACACAUCCACAUGGUAGGAAUAUCAUCGACAGGGAUGCUGCUAUGGAUGAUGAGGUCAUCUCCAAAUUUGAACUUGGUCCGACAACUGAGAGGUCUUUCUGGGAAGAUGAAAAGAAGGAAUUAGACCUUGAUCGAGGGUCUUGGAACUCUGCUCAAGAGUAUCUCUCAGCUGUUGCAAAACGAGAGAUCGCCAUAAUCCGAAGCCCAUGUUCUAGGAAGACCAAGGGCAAUCCAAUAUCUUCGAGAAUAAUAUCCUCACGCCCUGACAUACAUGUGCAACAUCUUGAACAGUUUCUCGCUGUGCUGGCAUACAUCCUUCCACCCGAGGAGCUGUCCCGUCCUGUGCUUCUGCACCAUGAUCUUCAUGCAGGUAACAUAUUCGUUGACCACGCGGAUCCGACGAAGAUAUCGGGAAUCAUAGACUGGCAAACAGCCCAUACCGCUCCCCUAUUCAUGCAAGCAAAGUUCCCAUCGAUCAUUGAAUGUCACGAUGCUUAUCCAUGGGGGGCAGUCCAGCCUAGCCUGCCAAACGACUAUGACAACCUACCAGAAUCAGAGAGGACGCUGGCCAGCGAGCAAUUGGACAGGGUAAGGUUGAAGAAAUAUUACGAGCUGGCUUCGAGAAAAUUCAACCCACUGCUUGUCAAGGCGAUGGAUUUCAUGAGAAGGGAUGAAGACCCCACCACUUUCAUAUUCCACAUCGUCGGGCGUUCUUCACUGGAUGGGCCCAUCCCGAUCAAAGAAAUCUUAAUCCAGGUAUACGAGAAAUGGGACCAAAUCAUGCGGCGAAACGGCCUAGAUAUUCCGUGCCCGAUUUCAUUCUCAGAGGACGAGAUCAAGGCAACCAGGCAGCUAGUGCAAACAUGGGCUGAAUUAUAUGCCGAAUUUGAUAGACUGCGCCUGGAAAAUACGGGCAAGGAUGGCUGAGUCUCACAUGGCGAGUACGAGGAGUCUCUACGGAGGUGGGAAAAUAAGAAAGCAGAUCUAGAUAUCCUCCAACAGCGAUUAGGAGAACUGGUUUAAGACGCAUGUGCGACACUCGUCUUCUUCGCAGUGCGCUCUUUGAAUCUACCAUAAUAACAUAGUAG